AUGGUUUCUGCAAAGCAACUUGGAUUGGCGGUAGCCAUCCUCUCCGUGUGUGGGCUUGGGCAUGCCGAGGAGAAUAUUACCUCCGAUACGUACUUCUAUGGCCAGUCUGAGGCCGUCUACCCGUCGCCGUCUGGCAAGGGUACUGGUGACUGGGCCGAGGCUUACUCCAAGGCUGCGGCUAUGGUUGCAAAGAUGACAUUGGAAGAAAAGAAUAAUCUUACCUUCGGUGCUACAAAUACGGAAAAUGGGUGCUCUGGAAUCAUUCCAUCCAUUCCUCGUCUUGGUUUCACCGGCUUGUGUCUUCAGGAUGCUGGCAAUGGUGUUCGGACCACCGACUUCGUCAACAGCUAUCCAAGUGGUCUUCAUGUCGGUGCCAGUUGGAACAAGACUCUUGCCCUUGACCGUGGCCAUCAUAUGGGUGGUGAAUUCAGGAAGAAGGGUGUCCAGGUGGCUCUGGGUCCUGUUGUUGGGCCUCUGGGAAGAACUACGACGGGCGGUCGUAACUGGGAAGGCAUGUCCAAUGACCCUUACCUGGACGGUGUACUUGGUGCUGCUACCGUGGAGGGUGUGCAAGGCCAGGGUGUGAUCACCAGUGUCAAGCAUUUCAUUGCCAACGAACAAGAAUUGUACCGCAACCCUACCACCAACUCAAACAAUGAGACCGUCCAAUCGGUUUCCAGCAACAUCGAUGAUAAGACAAUGCACGAGCUGUAUCUUUGGCCUUUCCAGGAUGCUCUCAAAGCAGGAACUGGCAAUAUCAUGUGCUCAUACAACCGCGUCAACAACUCUUACGGCUGCCAAAACAGCAAGACCCUCAACGGACUCCUCAAGACCGAACUCGGCUUCAAUGGAUUCGUCGUGACGGAUUGGUAUGCCCAACACUCUGGGGUGGCAGCGGCUCAAGCCGGUCUUGAUAUGGCAAUGCCCAAUAGCGGGUCCUUCUGGGGCGACAACCUCACUGAAGCUAUCACCAACGGCACUGUUUCCGAGUCUCGUCUAACCGAUAUGGCAACCCGUAUCAUCGCAGCCUGGUAUCAGAUGGGCCAGGACGAGUCGAGUUACCCUGCACCUGGCGUGGGUAUGCCAUACAAUACUAGCGAGCCUCAUACUAUUGUGAAUGCCCUCACCCGCGACGCAAAGCCCACUAUCUUCGACGGUGCCGUUGAGGGCCACGUGUUGGUUAAGAACACGAAGAACGCUCUGCCCCUUGUGUCGCCGAAGCUCAUCUCCGUCUUUGGCUAUGACGCCAAAGCCCCCGACAUGUACAUGUCUAACGGACAGUCUCUCACAGGGAACCCCUGGCAACUGGGUUACUCACCGGCAAUCUUCCAGAUUGGCGAUGCAUUUUCUACUACCGUGAUUAACGAGCCGUACGACUACCAGGUGGCCUUCAAUGGUACGUUGAGUGUUGGUGGUGGAUCCGGUGCCAACAGCGGUCCGUAUCUGAGUGCUCCUCUGGAUGCUCUGCAGCAGCGGGCUUAUGAGGACAACACCGUGGUUAUGUGGGAUACUAUCGACAACCCGAGUAUGAUGGGAUUAAUGGAGGCUUCAGAUGCCUGCCUCGUCUUCAUCAAUGCAUUCGCUACUGAAGGCCUGGAUCGGUCUGGUCUUCACGAUGACUACUCGGAUGAGCUUGUCAACAAGGUGGCAAGGACCUGCUCCAACACCAUCGUAGUCAUUCACAACGCCGGUACCCGUCUGGUCGACCAGUUCACAGAAAACCCCAAUGUCACUGCCAUUGUCUUCGCUCACCUUCCCGGUCAGGACUCUGGCCGUGCUCUGGUGUCUCUGCUUUACGGCGACGAGAACUUCAGCGGCAAGCUUCCCUACACUGUGGCUAAAAAUGAGUCCGACUACUUUUCCCUCUACCAUACCGAGGCUGUCACCCCCUACGGACUCUUCCCUCAGGACGACUUCACUGAAGGUGUUUACACUGACUACCGUUACUUCGAUAAGCACGACAUUGCUCCUCGCUAUGAGUUCGGCUUUGGUCUUUCAUACACCACCUUCUCUUUCUCUGACCUCCAUGUCUCUUCUGUGAAGAAUGGCAUCGCUGCUUAUCCCUCCGGUGCUGUCGAGCAGGGCGGAGCUGUGGACCUGUGGGAGACCGUCGCUACCGUCACCGCUACUGUGAAAAACACCGGAAGCAGAUCAGGCGCCGAAGUCGCCCAGCUCUACCUCGGUAUCCCAGGAGGCCCUGUUAAGCAACUUCGUGGAUUCGACAAAGUUCAGAUCCCCGCCGGUGGCUCAGUCAAGGUUACUUUCCCCUUGACUCGUCGUGACCUCAGCAGCUGGGAUGUCGUUGCUCAGAAGUGGCAGCUUCAGACUGGAGAAUACAAGUUCCAUGUUGGAUCGUCGAGCAGGAAACUUCCUUUGCAGUCUACCCUGAAGAUUGUCACCAGCUCCUGA